AUGUCGAAAGCUACUUUCACUCUCGGUGGACCGGCUGCUGGCACCAAGAUCUCCAAGAUCGGGCACGGCCUGAUGUACAUGACAUGGGUCCCAAACCCUGUUCCUGACGAGCAAUGCUUCGAAGCCAUGAAAGCCGGCAUGGACACGCUGCCCCCCGGUACGAAGAUGGUACUCAACAGCGCCGAUUUCUAUGGUUUCAACCCGCCAGAGGCCAACCUCGAGCUCAUCGCGCGUUUCUUCGAGAAGUAUCCCGAAUACUCUGAGAAGGCGUUCUUAGUCGUCAAGGGCGGAUUCAAGAUGGGCACCGGGCCCGAGCUGUCCCUCGAAGCCCUCCGCGCCUCCGCCCAAAACACCCUCUCCAAACUCCGUGGAACACACCCCAUCGACGUCUUCGAGCCCGCACGCAUGGACCAGGCAAAUUACCCCCUCGAAGACGUGAUGCGCAGCCUGAAAGCGCUGCAGGAGGAGGGUUUGAUCAAAGGCGUCGGAUUGUCGGAGGUGAGCGGGGAGACGGUUCGGAGGGCUGCGAAGAUUUUGCCGAUUGUGACGUGCGAGAUUGAUAUUAGUUUGUGGAGUUACGAGAAGGAAACGCAGAAUGUCAUCGACGCGUGUAAAGAGAACAACGUAGCCGUGCUUGCUUAUGCGCCUCUAAGUAGUGGAAUCUUGUCGGGAAAGAUCAAGAAGACCGAGGAUGUCCCAGAGGGAGACCUCCGCCACCACUUCGGCCGUUUCACCGAGGACGCAAUGACGAACAACGCGGCCAUCGUCGAAGCUCUCAAAGUUCUCGCGGUCAAGAAAGGAUGCACGCUCGCUCAGCUCUGUAUAGCUUGGGUCGCCGCCCUUGGGGCCCACGUCAUUCCCAUCCCUGGAUCUUCCAAAGCAGAACGCACCGUCGAAAACGCCGCAGCCGGAGAGAUCGCCCUCACCGCUGAAGACUUGAAAGAGAUAGACGCGGUUUUGGAGAAGUAUCCCGUGCAUGGCGUCAGACACAUCAUUGGCGUGCCGAAGGAGGCGUUGCAUCUCUGGGGUUGA